GGGCCUUAGGAGCCCACAGGCCCCGGAGAAGCGGCGCAGAGCCCGGGAGCCCGCGGGUCGGAGCGUGGGGUGUGCGCGGCCGGCCCACCCGUGGGGGUGACGCGGGCGUUGAGGGCGCGCGGGGAGGCGAGCCACCAUGUUCAGCCAGCAGCAGCAGCAGCAGCUCCAGCAGCAGCAGCAGCAGCUCCAGCAGUUACAGCAGCAGCAGCUCCAGCAGCAGCAAUUGCAGCAGCAGCAAUUACUGCAGCUCCAGCAGCUGCUCCAGCAGUCCCCACCACAGGCUCCUUUGCCCGUGGCUGUCAGUCGGGGGCUCUCCCCGCAGCAGCCACAGCAGCCACUUCUGAAUCUCCAGGGCACCAACUCAGCCUCCCUCCUCAACGGCUCCAUGCUGCAGAGAGCUUUGCUUUUACAGCAGUUACAAGGACUGGACCAGUUUGCAAUGCCACCAGCCACGUAUGACAGUGCCGGUCUCACCAUGCCCACAGCAACACUGGGUAACCUCCGAGGCUACGGCAUGGCAACCCCAGGCCUCCCAGCCCCCAGCCUGACAGCCCCCAGCCUCACACCCCCGCAACUGGCCACUCCAAAUUUGCAACAGUUCUUUCCCCAGGCCACUCGCCAGUCCUUGCUGGGACCUCCUCCUGUUGGGGUCCCCAUGAAUCCCUCCCAGUUCAACCUUUCAGGACGAAACCCCCAGAAACAAGCCCGGACCUCCUCCUCUACCCCCAAUAGAAAGGAUUCUUCUUCUCAGACAAUGCCUGUGGAAGACAAGUCAGACCCCCCAGAGGGGUCUGAGGAAGCCGCAGAGCCUCGGAUGGACACAUCAGAAGACCAAGAUUCACCGCCCUGCCCAGAGGACAUCGCCAAGGAAAAGCACGCUCCAACACCCGAGCCCGAGCCUUGUGAGGUGUCCGAGCCACCAGCCAAGAGGUUGAGGAGCUCAGAAGAGCUCACAGAGAAGGGACCUCUGGGGCAGCUAGAGGUGAAGGUCCAGCCACAGGCCCGGAUGACAGUACCGAAGCAGACACAGACACCAGACCUGCUGCCUGAGCCCCUGGAAACCCAAGUGCUGCCACGAUUCCAGCCACGGGUCCUGCAGGUCCAGGCCCAGGUGCAGCCACAGACUCAGCCACGGAUACCACCCACAGACACCCCGGUGCAGCCAAAGCUGCAGAAGCAGGCACAAACACAGACUUCUCCAGAGCACUUAAUCCCACAACAGAAGCAGGUGCAGCCACAGCUGCAGCAGGAGGCAGAGCCACAGAAGCAGGUGCAGCCACAGGUACAGCCACAGGCACGUUCACAGGCCCCAAGGGAGGUGCAGCUGCAGCAGGAGGCAGAGCCACAAAAGCACCUUCAGCCCCAGGCACAUUCACAGCCCCCAAGGCAGGUGCAGCUGCAGCUGCAGAAGCAGGCCCAGACACAGACAUAUCCACAGGUCCACACACAAGCACAGCCAAGGGUCCAGCCACAGGAGCAGCCCCCAGUGCAGGUGCCAGUACAGCCACCAGAGCAGACUGAUGAGCAGCCUCAGACCCAGCCACGGGUGUCGGUGCUGGCUCCAGAGCAAGCACCAGUUGGGGUUCAUGUCUGCGGGCUGGAGACGCCACCUGAUACAGUAGAAGCUGGUGGAGGCAUGGAAAAGACCUCUCCAGAGCCUGUGGGCACCCAGGUCAGCAUGGAAGAGAGCCAGAAAGAGCCGGCCAGUGGCCUAGAAGUGGGAGAAUGUGAAAACAGAGUGAGAGAGAUGCCGGGGGUAUGGGGCGCUGGGGGCUCCCUGAAGGUCACCAUUCUGCAGAGCAGUGACAGCCGGGCCUUUAGCACUGUACCCCUGACACCCGUGCCCCGCCCCAGUGACUCCGCCUUCUCCACCCCUGUGGCUACCAGCACGCCGUCUAAGCAGACCCUCCAGUUCUUCUGCUACAUCUGCAAGGCCAGCUGCUCCAACCAGCAGGAGUUCCAGGACCACAUGUCGGAGCCUCAGCACCAGCAGCGGCUAGGGGAGAUUCAGCAUAUGAGCCAAGCCUGCCUCCUGUCCCUGCUGCCUGUGCCCCGGGGCGUCCUGGAGACAGAGGAUGAGGAGCCUCCACCAAGGCGCUGGUGCAACACCUGCCAGCUCUACUACAUGGGGGACCUGAUCCAACACCGCAGGACCCAGGACCACAAGAUCGCCAAACAAUCCCUGCGACCCUUCUGCACCAUUUGCAACCGCUACUUCAAAACCCCUCGCAAGUUUGUGGAGCACGUGAAAUCCCAGGGGCAUAAGGACAAAGCCAAGGAGCUGAAGUCGCUUGAGAAAGAGAUUGCUGGUCAAGAUGAGGACCACUUCAUUACAGUGGACGCUGUGGGUUGCUUUGAGGGUGACGAAGAAGAGGAAGAGGACGACGAGGAUGAAGAAGAGAUCGAGGUUGAGGAGGAAUUCUGCAAGCAGGUGAGGUCCAGAGAUAUAUCCAUAGAGGAGUGGAAGGGCUCAGAGACCUACAGCCCCAAUACUGCCUAUGGUGUGGACUUCCUGGUGCCUGUGAUGGGCUAUGUCUGCCGUGUCUGCCACAAGUUCUAUCACAGCAACUCAGGGGCUCAGCUCUCCCACUGCAAGUCCUUGGCCCACUUUGAGAACCUGCAGAAAUACAAGGCGGCCAAGAACCCCAGCCCCACCACCCGACCUGUGAGCCGCCGGUGCGCAAUCAACGCCCGGAAUGCUUUGACAGCCCUGUUCACCUCCGGCGGCCGCCCACCCGCCCAGCCCAGCACCCACGACAAAACACCCAGCAAGGUGACGGCUCGAUCCUCCCAGCCCCCACUACCACGGCGCUCAACCCGCCUCAAAACCUGAUAGAGGGACCUCCCUGUGCCUGGCCUGCCUGGGUCCAGAUCUACUAAUGCUUUUUAGGAGUCUGCCUGGAAACUCUGACAAGGUUGUUUUUACUCAAAAUCCAAUAAAACAAGGUAGUUUGGCUGUGCA